AUGUUGGGUUUAGACCAUCGGCUUUUUAUGUGGGUGGUUGAUAAAUGUACCUUGAUUUUAACUGAAGGAGAUUCAGCUAAGGCUCUUGCAAAGCUGGAGAGACUUCAAGAAGAGGAAUUAGUAGAGAAGCCAUUUCAACGGAAACAAAUGAAAAUAAGGUUCCCUGAGCAUGGAAGAAGUGGAAGAUCUGUUGUAACAAUUAAUAACUUGGAAUUUGGCUUUGGAGAUAAGGUGCUCUUCAACAAGGCAAAUCUUACAAUUGAAAGGGGAGAAAAACUUGCCAUAAUUGGCCCAAAUGGAUGUGGAAAGAGCACUUUGCCGAAAUUGAUAAUGGAUUUAGAGAAGCCAAGAGGGGGUGAAGUUUUGCUUGGGGAGCAUAAUGUCCUGCCAAACUAUUUUGAGCAAAAUCAGGUUGAGGCACUUCAUUUGAAUAAAACAGUGCUUGAGACAGUAGUAGAAGCUGCAGAGGACUGGAGAAGUGAUGACAUAAAGGGACUCCUUGGGCGUUGUAAUUUUAAAGCUGAUAUGCUUGAUAGAAAGGUUUCUCUUUUGAGUGGUGGUGAGAAGGCGCGUCUUGCUUUUUGUAAGUUCAUGUUGAAACCGUCCAGUCUACUAGUUUUGGAUGAACCAACUAAUCACUUGGAUAUACCUUCAAAAGAGAUGCUAGAGAUAGUUAAUAGAGUGGUGGAAGUUAAAGACUGCAAUUUACAAGAUUAUGCAGGAGACUACAAUUAUUAUCUUGAGAAAAAUCUUGAUGCGAGGAUGAGGGAGCUAGAACGUGAGGCCGAGCUUGAGGAGAAGGCUCCUAAAAUUAAAGCCAAAUCCAAGAUGUCUAAGGCCGAGAAGGAAGCCCUGAAGAAGCAGAAAAGGCAAGCAUUUCAGCAGGCAAAACAAAAAUCAAAAGGAACGAACAAUUCUAAGAGGUGGAAUUGAUUGAUUCACCCAUAUUCUUCAUUGAAGAUUCCUCCAAUGUUUCAAUUAUUUUUUUUUACUUGUAAAACAGCCUAGGAGAUGAGGUGGCCUGUUGUGAGCCAGGUAGUUGUCCUCAUGUAUAUAAUUUAAAUAGAAUUAUAGGUAUUACUUGAAAUUAAGGCUGUAAUUGAAAAUCUUGUUCUAGCAA